AUGAACACUGAGCCGCCAUUGGGAGAGUACUUCCACUACCCCAUCACCAAAUCGAAGGAGUACUCCAGGCUACGGCAGCUGACCACCGACCGCUACGGUGCCAUCGCCACCGUGGUGUUGGUGGUGGUGGUGCUCCUCAUCCCGCUCUACAACUACCUCAACAUUUACGGCCCAUUCAGGCGGAUCUCCAUCAUGCGCCCCAUCAACCAUAAACUCAAUGCAUACAUCUACACUGGCGAGGCUCUACGGGCCAAGCGUCACGCUUUCCCACAAAUCAAGGCAGCCGUGGCUUCUCGCGUCAAGUCGCUCAUCUUCAAGGUCUCGUACCAUGCCGGCUCCAUCAUUCAGAUCGUGUUCUGGAUCUCGUUGUUGUCGUCGCUUUCGUUGGUAGACCUCUACCAUGGCGACUUGAUCUUUUUGGCCAAGCGCUUGGGAAGGGUCUCUGCUGUGUGUUUACCCACCGUGCUCUUUCUUAGUAUCAGGCCUUCGCCCCUUCCAAAAACCCUUUACUUGAACCUAUUGCCCAUCCACAAAACCUUGUCGAGAAUUAUCAUCAUCCAGGCAAUCAUCCAUACCGUGCUCUACUGUGGAUUUUUCCAGAAAAAGAACACCUGGGCCAAGGCCCUCAAAACAGAGAACUUGUAUGGUUGGGCAAGCAUUCUUGGAUUUGUCAUCAUUAUCAUCACCUCUUUGCUGAAGUUGAGAAACAGAUACUACAGGUUAUUCUAUAUUAACCACUAUGCCUGGUCCUGGAUCAUCGUCAUAUGCUUACAGUUCCAUAUCAGGCCCACAAAAUUCACUCCUUAUACCAUCCUUAACCUCAGCAUUUUGGUUGGCCAAAUAGCAUACAGGGUUUGGUUGACCAAAGGCACCCCAACGAAGUUGGAUCUCAAGGUCAUCACUGUGUCUCCAUGCUUGUUACUUGUGGAGUUUCCAAAUAAUCUCAUAUCUAACAAAGCCAAAAACCCCGGUGCUCAUAUAAGGUUGACCAAGUAUCACUCAUCAUUCAUAAAAAGAUGGUACAACCAGAUCAUUCCAGAAUACCACCCUUAUACAUUAGCUUCUUUGCCCCAAGAUAACUUCCAGAAAUUGAUCAUCAGACCCAGUACCUUUCAAAUCUUGAACGACCGCAAGUAUCUUAUUUGUGGGUCCUACGAUCCACACUUGUUAUUCAUUAACUCUAAAAACAAAGAGUCCGGUAAUUUCUCAAUCAGUAAAUUGAGUAUUAAUGCAAAGAGAGUUCUUAUAGUUGUGGGAGGGUCUGCCAUAUCGUUUGCAUUACCCAUACUUCGUGUCAUGAAUUAUCAUGGAAUUCCUGUCAAGAUCAUAUGGGUUAUCAAGGAUUUCAGAGAUAUUAAUAUCUUGAAGUAUUUCGAUGGUUUUAUCCAUGGAGAUGACUUCGAAAUCUUUGUCACUGGUGAUACCGAAUUAAGAGAUGAAGACAACGAGCCAAGAGUCAGGAACAGAAAGAGUCUUGCAUCGAUCUUCUCCAAAAUUAGUUCUUCCUCUAACAUGUACAAUGGUGAAUCAGAUCCACUUUUAGGGCAAGAUUUGGAAGAUGGCUACGAUAGUUACAGUUUGGAUUAUGAAAACCAAAUUGAAAACGUACGUGUUUCUGUGGAUGUAGCUGAGGAAGAGGAAUUGCAGGAUGAUGAUGAAGAGUGUGCUGCCUAUGACAAUACGUUCAAGUCGUCGAAUCCUCAUUUUGCCCAUGAGGACGAUAUUGACUCGAACUCUCUUGAAGAAUUAAUUCAGUCAACCAGUGAACCAUUGACAAGGGUGCACUCUAACAAAACUACCAGUAGUUUCAACGACCAGUUUAUUCCACAUUACAGUGAAAACGCAUCUGAAACCAUCCAACUGUACGUUCAACAGUUCACCAGCUUAGUCAAGAGACUAAACCUCGAACACAAAGUGUACAAAGGAAGACCAACUUUGAAUUACAAGUACUAUAACUGGUGUAUCAACGAGGGAUUCACGCAGUGCUCUGGACCGGUACAUGAUGACUCCAAUAAUCUCGUUUGUUGUCGAGAUCUUCCUAAAAAUAAGGUCCAACAGGCAGACAUCGAUGCUGAGAAGAUUUGGGUGAUUGGAGCAGGGCCCCAAGGAUUGGUUCUGAAUGUCAAGGUUUGGGCCAAGGAGUACGGCUUAAAGUACCACGAGGAGUCAUUCAAUGUCUAG